AUGCACAAUAAACUUGCUGUUGGCCUCAAAGGCGUCAUGGAAGACGCAACGGAAGAUAAAAUCUUCAUGGAAGCUCGUCAAAUAAACCUUGCCGUGUUCCAACAUAUUUCUUUUACUGAAUUCAUGCCAUUGGUAAUUGGAACCAACCUCUUCGACACUCCUGAUCUUUUCCCCCUUCCUCCAGGGCAACAAAUGGGGAGAGUCAACGACGAUGAUGCAGAUAACAACCCCGAAAAUGCAAAAUUUGGAUUCGACGGCUUUCCAAGCAAAACGGACCCUUCAAUUCGAAACGAGUUUGGGGCUGCUCUUUUCCGUUGGGGACAUUCGAUGCAAAGAUCUGAAAUUUUCGCCAUAAAUAAAAUGGGAACACGAAUCAAAACGGCAUUCUUGCGAGAUAACUUCUUUGAUCCACAAGUUCUAUCUGAGGCAUCGGGAGUAACACCAGGACAACUUAUCCGAGCAGCGGCGCGUGAACAACCGAUGAAAAUGAGCUCUAAAUGGAUUGAGGAUACCGUUCACAUGUUCUUCAAGCCUAAUUUUGCAUCUCAUGGAAUAGAUCUUCAAGCAAUUAAUAUCAUGAGAGGUCGGGACCACGGCCUUGCCUCUUACACGGAAGUAAGAGACCGAUGUAUGCAGCAUGGGUGGUAUAAAGAAAUUCUAUAA